UAUCUAUUGAUUUGAGUGGCAGGCUCAAAGUAGUCAGAACGUUGCUUCCUCUCAACCUGAUGAAUCUUACCUGUGAUGAAACGUAGACUUUAAAUUGCAUGAAAGUCGAACUAUUAUUGUAUUUACCGUCUGCGAGCUCUGACUGGAUUCCAGCGCAGGUUCCGACACAGACAGAUCAUCUAGUACAGACACCAGAACACCUGCCUCUUGACGUGGACAUGAUUUCAGCUAUAUCAACAUGGAAGGACUCCAUACCUACAUCUUGGAAGUCAACACUCGCCUAUCUAAUCCACAAUACGUCCUGGAUGGUAUAAUUUAAGGAUCCCCGAUAAAGACAUACACGUGACGCUGAAUUCGUUAUACAGAUUUGAGUGACAACACUAAACAAGACGAGAAUAAUAUUUCGGCACGGACCUCUGCGUCAAGGAAUUGACUGGCAAACCAAAGUUGGUCGAAUAAGUCAUUUUCGCAGAAAUUAUUGCUCCUUGAAGGUGAACAUUUGAAGAUGAAAAACCAACAUUACCUCUCUUGGAUUUUGCGACGAUUCAGGAGUAUAGGUAUAGCCAUGCUACUUCUCCUCUCUAUUCUAAUUGUAUUGUUCUUCUUGGAGGACACUACAUUGGUGCAUUCAUAUAACAAAAGAAUAUCGCUGUUAUUCCAAGAAGUGAACCAUUCUUCAACUAUCCCAAAACCUAGAAAUUAUACAUCAUUCAAUGUACCAAUUAUCACCAAGUCUCGUCCUAUCACAGUGCCACGUUUGAACAAAACUUCACAACAACUUGGGAAGCACCGACCACAAUCAAUGACCAAUUUCAACUACCCGUUGGAUAUAGACUUGCUCUAUUUUGUCAAGAGGAACAUCGAAAAUGGUACAGCGAUUAAUAUCAAACCUAUCAAUCCUCAUCUAUUUCGAUAUUUACACAAGCCUGCAAAAUGUUCUUUCUCUGAACCUGGUGAUGCAGUAAAGCUUUUGGUGCUUGUGAAAUCUGCUGUCUUAAACAUAGAACUACGUGAAGGUAUACGCAAUACAUGGGGAAAGGACAUGCCGUCAAAUGUUCGCAUUGUUUUCUUACUUGGAAACACCGACAACAAAAAUCAGAAACGUAUCCGUGAGGAAGGUGAGAAAUAUUCUGAUGUUAUACAGGAAGACUUUUUGGAUAAAUAUCAGAAUAAUACAUACAAAACUAUCAUGGGAUUUAACUGGGGUGUAACGUUCUGUUCCAGUGCGUCAUUCUUCUUCUUUGUUGAUGAUGAUCAUUAUGCUUUCUUAGCUAACGUGUAUAAAUAUCUUGAAAGCGUUCAUUAUACAAAACCCAAUUUGCUAUCGGGUUAUCUUCUACCCCACUCUAAACCUUACCGGGAUGUUAAGUCAAAAUGGUUUGUAUCAUGGGAAGACUAUGGUUUUGACUGGUGGCCACCCUACCUAGCUGGAGGAGCGUAUAUUGUAUCGUUCUCAAUUGCACAGAAGUUUCAUAUAGCAUUUCCGUAUGUUAAAUACAUAGGAAUCGAUGAUAGUUAUUUAGGAAUUGUAGCUAAGAGACUUGGCAUCCGUCCAACUCACAAUCGGUACUUUGCAAACAGAGCAACAUUCCCUACCACUGACAAAAUAAGACGAUUGAACAUGUUUGCUUCACAUGGGUUUAAGAAUCCAAAGAAAAUGAAAAAGGUAUGGGAUAUGCUUCAUGUUAAUGACACAACUACUGAAGCACAUUGAGGGCAUUUUAUUUUGGUCUUGGAUAAAAUAACUGUUAUUUCCUGUGUUUUCAACAUAAUCUGUUCUGGUUAUGGUUUAUAUCACUUAAGUCAUAUAACAACUGACAAAUUCGCCUCAAAUCAUAACAAUGAUAUAGUCAAGAUCUCCCGUCCCAUGCAAAUAUUGUAUUACAUGAAAUUAAAAGUGGGCAACAUUCAUAAAAAAAAACAUGAAAAACAUGACAUAUAGCAUUUAGAAUCAUUACAUUUAUAUUCAUGUUCAGUCAGUAAGUUCCUGUGAAAGUAAUUAAGAUAAUUAGUAACAAUUCAAUAAAAUAUUAUACUGUACAGUGAACUAUCAAA